AUGAAUCCCUUCUUCCGGCGGUCUCGGGGAGAUCACUGGCAUCGUGUUGGCCUUGCAUCUGCAUUCCCCGAUCUCAGCCUGAAUAAGGACUGUUCUAAGAUCACACCCAGUUGCAAGGCGUUCCGCAUUCCUAAGCUAGAUGGGCUUUCGAAGCCCGAAGCUCCGGAUGAAGCCGACAUUGAGGUUCCCGGGGAAUUGAAGGACCAGGUUCUCGUGUUCAAGUAUAAGGAGAAAUUCCAUGCCAUUGACCAUUCAUGCCCUCACUCAGCCUAUCCGCUUUCACAAGGCAGUCUAUUUGACAUUGAAGACUUUGGCAUCACACUAAGCACGGGACUGACCUGUCCGAAGCACGGUUGGUCUUUUGAUCUCUUUUCUGGGCAGGGAGAUCGUGGCAGCUACAAACUGAAGAUAUGGGAGGUGCAAUUGCGUGACCCUCCGGCAUCAUGCGACGAGGUCUCGAACAGGGACGACAAGGAGGUGUGGGUGCGGCGAAAGCAACGAAUUGGCUAG